UGCAGGCAAUUUGACUCUCUGAACAGAAGAGCGCCGGGCAAGAGGGACGCCUCGGCGGAGACAGGGAGGUGAAGCAGCAGGUCCCCGGUGGAAGUUUCGUCGCCUCCGUCAUUCGCUUGGUGGAGAAAAUGGGAGAAACAGUCUUCGUCGCCUGUGGCGCGCCCACUGUGUAGAGACACCUCUUCAGCGCGCUAGUUCAGACUGAAUCGACAAGCCAUUCAAAAAACUUGGUCGACGCAGUCAGUGCGGGUGGACGCAUGCCUGAAGCAAGAUCAGAUGUUUUUAUCAGGUUUUGGUACCCUCGACAGUUCGUGAGGUGUACAUGACUCAGAACGCAAGUUCACGUGGAAUGCCGCUGAUGACAGGUGUCGAGGGAGAUGUAUUUGCAAGUGGGACUGCGUCGGCAUCAACAGCACAGGCGAAUCAAGUUGAGGUGGACAUACACCGCAGCCAGGUUGGGGUGUAUGUACAGAUGAGCAGAGGCGCGCAUGACUCCAGGCCUGAUUUGCACUCGAUUACAAGUGGCAGCAAGUAAACACUGGGACUCCCACUGUAUUUCUGUUUUCUUUGCGUCUAGCCAUGGCGCCAGUCUCUCGAGUCUCUCCUCGUCGUCUUGCUGCUUCUUCGGGGUCGGGCGCCUGCGGAGCAAUCUCUUCGUCCGCAUUCGGUAGCGCUUCGAGUCUGCGAGAUGCCGGCGGCCACAGUUUCUCACGAAGCCACUCCUCUGGGGUGUCUCUGGCAGCCUUGUUUUCUUCGUCGGUAAAGCCAGUGUGUCCUCUGUCCGCGUCCUUCUUCUCUUCGUCGUCUGCCUCUUAUGCCUCACAUUGUCAGGCCUCCUCGAGACUCGUCGCUUCUCAGCCGUCGCCUUUCUGGACUGAAGCACCGAACUCUUCUGCUCCCUUGUCGUCGCACGUAAACCGAGGCCCUCCUGUCUCUGAUCUGUCCUUCUCUGCCCAGUCCUUCCCCACUGCCUCGUGCUCUGCCUCGCCACUCUCUCUGUCUCCUCGUCGUCCGCGGUAUGCCCUGCUAGCCAGCGAGUCACUUGCAUGCGGCCAAGCCGUCGCGAGUUGUCGACCACCUGGAUUUGCUCCUUCUGUUCGUUUUUCUGUCUGGAGAUUAUGCGAAGCUUCUCGGUCUCCCCUGUCUCGUCCGUCUUCUUCAUCCCAACGGAGCUCUGCUUUUGCGUCGGCGGCGAGUUUCGUCGCACGCGUAUCUGCCCCCGGUCCUUCGAUCUACUUCUCCCUCACCAGUUCGCCCCCGCUUUCGUCUGCGGCUGCUUCUGUCUGGCCUUCUGGGGGCUGGGUUCCGGCAGCUAACUCAGAGUCGAACUGCUUCCUUUCCUCGGGGAGUUUCCACCGUCUCCAACCGGGAGGGAGUCAGCGCGAACCAUGGCGGCUCCGACCCUCCGCGAGAGACGCGAGGUGUACGUACACCGCAGCUGCAAGGCCUCGGCGAAAGGUUGUGGUCAUCCCUAUGGAGACGAAAGCCGAGUCUUGUUCUCCUUCAACCUCGUCAACAAGGGAACCGGAGAAGCAGAUUCUUCUCCCGCCGCAGGCCUCUCUCAGACGCCUAUCUAAGCCGGAGGCGAUUGCGGCCUGUCGCAGCCUGCGGUAUCUCCCCGCGUCUGUACCGCGAGACGCAGACUACUGCGAGGCACUCCUUGCGCGAACAGCGCGCCUUUCUCCGUCGCUUCUCCCCAUUGAAAUUCGCUCGGUCGCCAGGACUCUCGUCUUCUCUCUUCCCCCUGCCUGUGAUGUGCGUACACUCCAAACGGCGCUCAUGAAGCAGCUGCUCCACCUCCCUCUGCAUGCGUACGCGGCCGACCACCCCCGAGUCCUCGCGGACCUCUUCUCGCUUUUCCCCUUUCUACCUCUCUCCGCCGUCACCCCACCCAGCAGUCUGGCCCUCCCUUUCUCCCGAGGUGAACAGAGAACGGACACACAUACGCCUUCUUCCUCUUCGUCUUCCUCCUCUUCUCCUUCCUUGAAUUCGUCUGUGACCGGUCUUCCGCAGCGGCGAAGGAGGCGCGCGUUGCGCUACGAGGCUUUGUGCAUGUCUCCUGCUCAGCGCGAACUGUCUUCGGGUGUGCUUCGCCAUCUGGUGGAGGCCUUCCUGAAGUUCCACUUGCCACUGCGCAAGCAGCGAAGCCGGCGGGAAGGACCCGAGGCCGCAGCCCCGUCCGCUCCUGCCUCGCCCUCGACCUCGCCCUCUCUCUCGGCCUCCGUCUCAGCUGUGUCUGCGCAAACUUCUCCUUCUUUUCAAACUUCGAGUGGCAUCCCAUCUCAGUCUGUGUCUUCUGCGGUUCGCGAGGCCACAAGCAAAGACGUUUGCGAGGUCCUGGUCUGUCUGUCGAACUUCGAGUUUCUCUUUCGCCCGCGAGACGCGGAGUUCCUCGACUCCGUCUUCAAGCGCCUGGGAGACUUCCUGACUUUGCGAGGUUUCGACGGCUUGUCGGGCAAAGGCGCGAGUCUCGUUCUCAACGCGUUCGUGCUCUGCAGACGGAAGCACAACCACCUGUUUCACCAGAUUGCGAGGCGCCUGCCCAUCUUGGCUGCGAACAUGACCCCCAAGGACGUAGCCCUCGCUGCGAACGCGCUCGCGCGCGCGGAGGUUCGCGUCCUCCCGGCCUUCUCAGCUCUUUCGGGCAGAGCGAAGGAAACGCUCGAGGCCUUCCAGCCCCAGGACUUCUCCAAUCUCUUGAAUGCGUUUGGGAGACUCGAAAUCCUCGACCUCGAACUCUUCAACCUCGCAGCUCCCGAGAUUUCGGCUGGGAUUCGGGACUACAAUCCGCAGCAUCUGUCGAACAUUGCGCAUGCAUACAGCAAGGUGUCCGUGUCGCAGCCGGAGCUGUUUUUUCGAAUUGCAGAAAUGACGCGACGGUCGAUCCAGAAUUUCUCCAACAGAGAGCUCGCGAACCUCGCCCUCGCGUUCGCGAAGAUGGACAUCCAGCACAAGGGGCUGCUCGUCUCUCUCGCAGACGAAGUGUUGUUUCGUGGAACUGCGGGUCUUGCUUUUGGGUCCAAGUUCCACUUUGACUUGCUUUCUCUUCAGCAACUGUCUUCCGCCUUCUCCCGUCUUGGCCUCCACGACCCUCGGCUCUUCUUCGUCCUCACGCGUCUCGCCCGAGACGGCGUUCGACGGUCGCUUCGCUACCGACUGCUCGCUGGAGACUCCGAGGGCGCCGAUACCUCUCUCGUCGCGUCGUCUGCUUCUGCUGCUUCCUCUCCGUUGAAGACACCGUGGAUGAGUGUGAAGUGGCGUCGAGAGUACGAGGCCCUGCGGGAGUCUUACGCGUUGAACGGUCAGAUGCUGGCUUCGCUGCUGCUGGCGCUGGGGAAGGGAUUGGCGUCGCAGGCAACGGGGCCUUGCGACCAGGCGUUCCAGUCUGUGUGUGCGACAGCGAUUCUGCGUUUGGAAAAGCACUACUCUGCAUGCGCGGUCUCCCAGGUGGCGCGUGCAUGUCACCUGCUGGGCUUGAGGGACAUGCGCGUCCGGCGUCUGCUGGUUCGCGAGGCGCUUCCGCGACUGCCGCAGUUCCCGCCUACUGCGCUUGCGCAUCUUCUCUCGAGCUUCGCCAGUCUUCAGCUGUACCACGCAGUCCUCAUCAAGCAGGCUCUGCAGACGGUUGCGCUGCACCUCGCCGCCUUCUCUGCAGCAGAGGUCGCGACGAUAGUGGUCGCCCUCGAGAAACUCGGCUACCGCGACAGACACUUCGUGCGGAAGGCCGCGAAAGUCAUUCACCGCAGACGCGACGAGCUAGCCACCAGCUUCCUCUGCGGAGUCGUGAAUGCAUGCGCGAAACUCUCAGUCGACGACGACAUCCUCUACGAGGCGCUCUUCAAAGACCUCUUCUCUCGCCAGCACCUCCUCUCGGCUCGCGAGGCCCUCACGGCGCUCUACGCGCUCCUCCUUCUCGACGCGCGAAAGGCGGACCUCGCGUCCUUCUGCGACGGAGAGACCAGUGGCGAGGAAGAGAAGCAACGAGCGCAGAGCCCACAGUCCGAGGGCGCGCCGACGCGGACAGACGAAGCCGACGGACGAAGAACUGCGGUUCCCGGGGCGAGUGGCGCGGGCGAGAUCGAGACCUCAAAAUCCUGCAGAGGAGAUCAAGGUCUCGAGAAACUAGACGGGUCUGGAGUGAACGUGUCGACAACUCAGAUUUCCAUACAAGAGCCGCAAGUCGUCCUUCCCUCUCCUCUCUGUUCGUCGCCUCUCUGUUCUUCUCCUCUCUCCUCUUCUUCGUAUCUGGAGUCGCAUCAGGGACUGUUGCAUGCGCUGCUGCGCGUGGCGUAUCGUUCGGAGACGCGACUGGACAUCGGUUCCGUGACGCGUCUCCAGAUUGUGGACCUGUAUUUGCGCUUGCUCCGGCCGCCUGCGUUUGCCUCUUUGCCGUUUGACUUGAAGGCCUUUCUGGCGCGCGCGCGUCGCGUGGACCUCGCGCAGCAAGACUGUUUCUCGCUCUCUUCCAAGCUGCACCGAGACGUCUCCUCGGCCUUCCUGCGCAUCGGCCUCGUGCACCGCAGCGAAGUUCAGCUCGGGCCGUUCAGUCUGGACAUCGUCCUGGGCGACCGGCUGGCUGUCGAGAUCGAUGGGCCUUCCCACUUUUACCGAGAGACUUGCAUGCGCGUUGCCUCCUCGCGUCUCAAGCAGCGCCUCCUCCGCGAAAUGGGCUGGACGGUGCUGCCGGUAUCCUUCUUUGAGUGGAGACAACUCGUGACUCCCGAGCGAAAGGUUGCGUACUGUGCGCGCUUCUGGCCGUACGUCCUGAGACUCGCAGACGCGCGUGAAGCGACGACGCGCGAACCCCAAGAAAGGUUUCGUACCUGCCUCACCCGAGGGCGAGAAGCGAAUGGGGACGCAGGGAGCGACGGCGGCGAGGUCGAGGAGGAAGACGGAGCGGAUGCGCCAGAGGGAAAACAGGGGAUGCGGCGGAAACAACGCGAUUUCUCAGAGGUGUUACUGUGCCGCAUGCCUCGCCUAGACGAUUUUUUGUGGCUCAUGGAUCAACAGGGAGCAACCGUCACUCGGCAGAUUCUCGCUGACGCAAUGAAUCGCUACCGGCGCCUCCUCGCGCCCACGGGAGACACCACGCCACACCAGAGCCUCCAGACCCUGCUGUCUCCUCGGAAGGCCCUGUUGUCUCCGCCGCCCUCGCCGGCCGCUCUUCUUCUGCCGCCGUCCGUGGAGGAUGGAAAAGAAGUUUGGGAGCAGAUGAAAGGGAAGCGUGUGAGGCAGAGUCCCACUAUUAAGGGACGCAAAGGCGCGCGAGACGAAGGCGCGCGAGAAGAAGGCGAGGGAGACGGCGGCGAGGAAGACGACGGCGCGGACGAGAGAGAAAGAGGCAAAGGCGGAGUUCGUGAGGACGAGAAGCAGCCUGGCCAUCGCAGGACAAGAGGGCGAAGGCGGCCGUUCGAAGUCGAGGAAACGGUGUUCCAUGUUGUGCGAGGAAAAGGGCAAAGGGGAGAGAAAUCUGGAGGUCUUUCUGGAAGGGAAGACGUUGACUCAGACACCCAGGGUGCCGUUGUCACGCAGGUCGUUCGCCCCUCACCGCUCGACCACCUGCUACUUGCGUCUGAUGGUGACAACUCCGAGAAGCGGUGAAUACGCGAGACGCCCGAGACGUGACGUGGAACGGAGAGCGAAAGCCUGCGCCUUCGUUUUCUUCUCUUUGCUGUCUGAGACGCUUUCGUGCUGUUUUUCCGAGUUCCCUGUGGACCUCUCGUCUUGCGUGUUCACUCUGAAAGUCUCUGUUUCUCAAACUCUUGGGCGUGUGAGGUUCUCGCGGUUCCUCCCCUCACCACAGUCUCCUUGCUCUUUGCUUCCUUUGAUCUCGUGCUCCUUCUCGUACUCGUCCUGGCCUUGCUUGGUGCCUCGCUUUGCUCGUUGCCUUCCUUUCGUUUUUUCACUUGGGAACGAUUUUCGCUUGUCACCGACCCGUUUUGUCUCCGUUUCUCUACCCCGCGGAAAGCCCCGCGACCCAUCAAAGACGCUGAGGGCGUCUUGUGGCUCUCCUGUUGAAGACUCGUGACCCGAGGCCGAUGGACUUCUCUUCUGCCACUGCGCGUUCGACAGGAACUUGCAGUCGCGAACCUGCAAAUAAAGGUGGAUGUGUCGCCGCUCAAGUAACGAACGGCAUUUGAUUAUGAACAACCAGAUAGCUCUGUUGCUACCUGGACAGAGUACAGAGAGAAUCAUGCCAUGCACAUGCAGUCAGACGAAUAAAUGGAGCCGCCUUCCAUUCGCUUCUCGUUCCGUUCGGCGGUAAUUCACAAGGUUUCUUCACGCUGGGAUGGCCAGCACGGGCAGUGAAGGAUUUGAAUUUGCAAAACACGUUUGACGGUAUUCUUUGCAUCUGGAAUAAAGUCGAAAUCCAAGAAGGAGGACGAACCCUUUACAGGCCAUUUGAUGCAUCGAAGAGCACAUCUUUUCGACAUUUGAUACUUGUGUUUUCUUCGCUUAUGUGGCAACUAUGCAUGAGUCACACUUUGCAUCUUUUACGUAUCUGCUUGCACGCGCAAGCUGAACAUUGGUGGGGAAGACAAGUCCACAUUUUCCGCUUUCCUGCGAAAGCAAGUGUGAGCACAGGAUCGCCUAAAACCACGUCCAACCUCGGUUCUCUCGUCGGUGUCUCUGCCGGCAUCCUUUUGUCAGUGUGAUGGUAUAACAGGUGUUUCAGAUGAAAUGGCUUCUCUAUCACUGUGAAAACAGCCGCUCGUUCAGAUACUGCGUUUCCUCACUGUAUCGAUUCAUGGUGCAGGUAGCGCUAUGGUCAUGGACUUCUCGAGGCAUGUUUGUACGGAGGAACUAGUAGGUCCUGAAUCGAGAAGCGCCUGCUCAAAGCAGCUCGUUAGUGUCGGCAAGUGAGAGGCGGAACAAGACUAUCGGUUCGUCAGGAGUGGUGUACACCACCGCCCCGGCG